AUGGCAUACAGCCUGUCGCAUUCGUAUUUUGGCGCCAAUUUCGUGUCUGAUUUCCACUGGAUCAAUUAUGCCGAUCCGUCCAACGGCUUCGUACGAUACCAGACCCAGCCGGACGCCCUCGCUAAAGGCCUGUACUCAAUCAACCCCGACACGCAGGCCGUGACCCUCGGCGUGGACGACACAAAUGUCUACGCACUCAGCGAAGGCCGGCCCAGCGUGAGGCUGGAGAGCAAGCAGGUCUACAACGGCGGUCUCUUCAUCGGGGACUUUGCGCAUAUGCCCCCGUCAGUGUGCGGACUGUGGCCCGCUUUCUGGAUGUACGGGCCCGACUGGCCUGCUAGCGGAGAGAUUGACAUUGUCGAGGGCGCGAACCAGGCGACCGUGAACGUUAUCUCCGGACACACAACAUCGGGCUGCACCCUGCCCAACAACCCAGCCGUCAGCGGCCAGAACCUUCUCACCGACUGCGAAAGCCCAGGGACGACCAACAACGCCGGCUGCAACUAUGUUCCCCCCACCUCGGACACGCACACGUACGGAGACCCUUUCAACGCCGUCGGCGGAGGCGUGUACGCGCUGGAGUGGACGGACGAUGCCAUCAGCGUCUGGCACUGGCCGAGGCAGAGCAUCCCCGCCGACAUCUUGUCCAAGAAGCCCGAUCCGUCCGGGUGGGGUCUGCCGACAGCGCUGUUUGGGACGUUGACCUGCGAGGUUAACAAGUACUUUAAAGAUAUGAGCAUUGUGAUCCAGACGAACUUUUGCGGUGACUACGCCGGCAACAUCUGGGGCCAAGCCAGUGACACUUGCAACCAGGUCGCCCCUACAUGCAACGAAUACGUCGCGAACAACCCCAGUGCGUUUACGAGCGCGUACUGGGAGGUCAACUACAUUGACGUCUACCAGCUGGGCCUGGGCAACACUACAACCAGCACCCCUGAGCCGACCACGACCACGACUGUCAAGACCACGUCCACCGUCUUCACAACGGUACCGAACCCCGCCACCAUGAGCCACAACAGCACAGCGCUCAUCUCAACCACUCUCCCGUCUGCAGCGGUCUCUACGGCCCCGCCAAGCCCGUCGACUGAUCCGCUCGUCCCUGAGCGCGAGCCGGCGACCAUUGACGGAUACGCUUUCCUGGGCUGUUUCGGCUCGGCAACGGGCUUCAGCACGUUCACAGCAAAGGCGUCGGCGACGGAUAUGACGCUGCAAAAGUGCGUUGAUCUGUGCACGCCGAGCAAGUAUGCCGGCGUCCACCAAAAGUGCGUGCCCCUUUCCCAGAUGAAUGUGUCUGCUGCUGACAGAAUGUAA